GUUUUCGUCUGGCAGUCUGUGAGAGAACACGUUCGAGUCAAGUCGCGUAAAUUAAAUCGCACCAGUGUGUUAAAGUGAGAGGAGAAAAAAAAAGUGGAAUUUUUCAUUUUGCACCGUACAAGAACAAUAUUUCAAAACCGUAGAAAAACUAGGCGCACCCGUGAUGCACACGUUCAGUGAAACAGGUGCCGGUGUUCCGGCCUUCCUGGCCAAGCUGUGGCGGCUGGUCGAGGAUCCGGAAACGAACGAUCUGAUCUCCUGGAGCACGGAUGGCAGGAGUUUCAUCAUUCAGAAUCAGGCACAGUUCGCCAAAGAGCUGCUGCCGUUAAAUUACAAACAUAACAAUAUGGCCAGCUUCAUUCGUCAGCUGAACAUGUACGGGUUCCACAAGAUCACAUCGAUCGACAACGGUGGCCUGCGGUUCGACAAGGACGAGAUGGAGUUUACGCAUCCGUGCUUCCAGAAGGACCACCCGUACCUGCUGGAGCACAUCAAGCGCAAGAUUGCCAACUCGAAGCAGCAGCAGCAGCAACAACAACAGCAGCAGCAGGACGACAAAAGUUCCACCAAGGUGGAGGCCGUCAACCGGGUGCUGUCCGAGAUGAAGAACAUGCGUGGCCGGCAGGACUCGCUGGACUCGCGCUUCUCCACCAUGAAGCAGGAGAACGAAGCGCUGUGGCGUGAGAUUGCCAUUCUGCGCCAGAAGCACAUGAAGCAGCAGCAGAUUGUGAACAAGUUGAUUCAGUUUUUGGUCACGAUCGUGCAGCCUUCCCGCGGUGGGCUGGGCUCGAUGAACGGCAAUGGCAACAACAAGCGCCGGUUCCAGCUGAUGAUAAACGACGCGCCGCCGACGACGCCGGCGAAGGUAAAGAAGACCGGCGGGGAGGGCGCCACGAUUCAGGAGUUGGGCGAGGUGCUCGAAGAGGUUGCCUUUGAGAACGAACAGGACUUGUUGUCGCAGAGUAAAAACAAGAAAGAAAAACCGACGGCGGGUAACGGUAAAGUUAGGAGCGAAAAGUCAAAAGACUCGAAAGAAUCGGCCAGGACAUCCGAGGUUCCGGAAGUUACGUCUCCAAUUUCGAUAGCGCAACAGUCGCCGUACCGGUCGGACAGUGUCAACGAGGUCAUCGAGGAGGUGACCAGCCCGAUGUCGUAUUACGGCGGCCAGCAGGAGCAGAUCGCCAUCAAGCGUGAGCACGUGGACCGUACGCGACGCAUGACCGGACCACAGGAGGAGGAAGGCGGCAACGUCGUCGACGACGGGUCGUACGACGAUGAAGGCUAUCUGGUUGAUCACGUGGAGGAGUUCGAGGCGGGAACGUCCCAGCUGUACAACGACUCGGACAUGUUGGUAACGCCCAUGGUCAUCAAGGAGAUGCAAAAGCAAGAACAACUCAAGCAAAUGCAACAGCAGCAGCAGCAGCAACAGCAGAAGGCAGUUUCCAAGGGGGAAAGCCUGUUGAAGAUUAAGAAGAAUGGCGCUAUUCACAAGGCCCAGAAGAGUCUUUUGACGAACAACAAGCAUGCCGAGUCAAACAGUGGCAAGAAGAUGCACCACGUCGGCGUCGGCAAGACCAUUUCAUCAAACGAGCAGUCCGGCACCAGUGCGGCAGGUCCCUCCGGGAUGGGCAACUUUGUGACGGAUUCCAUACCGACCACGUCCAUCGGGUACGGCAUGAACGACUUUAUCGUGAAUGACCAGGUGCCGAGCGAUCUGUUCGACGACAACGACAGCCAGAUGGAGAAGGAAUCACCGAUGCUGGGCGUCGGGUUCAACUUUGAUGGCGGAUUCUACAAUCCGAAUGUGAACAUCAAUGAGAUGAAGGGCCGCCAGCAGCAGCUGCUUCAACAGCAGCAGCAGCAACAACAACAGCCCCAAUCGCAGGCCGCAGGUCCAAGCCACGAGAGCAACCUGCAGGCCGAUGACGAGGACGAUCUGAACGGUGGUGACGAGUCGGACAAAGCUGGACGGACCUUAGCCAGGUUUGUUAGCAACGACAGUGACAUGAAUAAACUUAACACGAUCAUCGAUUACGGACAUCACAUCGACACCGUACAGACCGAUUUGGACUCGCUGAAGGAUUUGCUGAAGGGCGAAGGAUAUCAGUUCGAUGCCAACACGCUGCUCGGGACGACUGGCGGAAACGGUCCGCAGUUUGGCAGAGUUUAUUUCGCACCGUCCGCAUUUGACACUGAUGCCCUGAACAAGCUCUUUGCCGGAAACGAGGACCUCUUGGGGUACGACUUCCCGAUGAACUUGCCCGACGCGGCCAGCGUGACCGACGCGCAAAAGAGAAAUAUCGCAGUCGGCGGAGCAGGAGGUGGUGCAAUUACGGCCGGCGUGUCCUCGUCAAACUCGGCCAGCAACGGCAGCGGAGGUCUUUUAGAAUCCGCAGGUAUUGCUGCUGGCGGCGAUCCGACGAGUCAGCUCAUGGCAUACAAAAAUCCGGGAGGAAACGCGACCACCGUCACCGGUGACUACAUCGAUCUGAAUGAGUUGCUCAAUCUCGAGGCUGGCAAUGAGGACGAAAAUUCCAUUCUAAUUUAACCGUUGAAAGUAAUUUGUGUCUUAUAGCGUUUGACCCCGUAAAAUGUGAAAGAGAGAGAGAGUGAGUUAUUUGUUUUUGUUUUGUUUUUCAUUUCUUUUUUAUUAAAUAACUUGACUAGCUGUGUACGGGAAUGAGUAAUAUGAAAGAAGCCUUUAUUUUGUGCAUUAAAAGUUUGUAAAAGUGAGCUAAGUGUAAGGACAGGAGUAAAACUUUUUCCCCAGUAGUUAAACUUUCAUCAGGAAUUGUUCUUUUUGUCUUUGAUCAAAAUUCGAUGCGCUUGAGCGACAAUAUCAGAGAUGCAAUAAAAACACACCUUAACCAAUAGAACAACCGCCCGCCCGCGUGUAAUAAUCUCUUCAAGAGAAAGCACCAUUCAGAUUGACCGUAACGUGGACGACUUUGGAUGCGAUCGCCGAGAAUGAGUCUACAGCGUUGAUAGAGAAUCCAAUCCACAAUUUUCAAGCCACACAACCGGAUCACAAUAAUUUCUUAGUCACUAGAACUAACGCGAACCAGCUGUUGGAAGGCCAACAGACACGCUGCUGUACCUGACUGCGAAUGAAAACGACCGGUAAAAAAAAACUAACAAACUCCCUAGAAUGCAGUAUGCACCGCGCUAUUCCCGAAUAUUAUCCCCUUUUGCUAUUGUUUCCCUUCGUUUUAAGUGACGUAAGUUGAAGAAAACUUGACUCGUAGAUUUAAACCGCGCAUUUAGUGGUAAAUUAUGUUCUAAUGACAACAAAAAAAAGAUAACUAACAUUUAUUAUAUCAAUUAUCCCUUAAAUAUCGUUUAUUGGAAGUAUGGAAAUUAUAUUUGAGGUAACCUCUGUUACAAAAAAAGAAA